GUGAUGUCACCUGAAUUGUUAUCUUCGUCUCAUGGUUAUGUCGUACUUUUUUAGGGAUUGUAAAGGGAACCCGAGGUGACUUCGAAGGCUCCAAUAGAGAGUUGCCUUGAAGAUGAGUGUGCCCCGUUACUCAGAAGAUAAGUUUACUCCGCCUGAGAAGAUGCACCCGGAUCUUCCUGAUCUCCCCGGUGGACCUCUAGAUGUAUAUAGAAGAAGGGCUUCCUUCAACUGGAAGGACAUGGUCAUGUUUCUAGAUGGUGAAGAAAUAAUCGCGUUUAAGAAACGUGUGUUUGGGGUUCUGGAGAACGACCCCUUCUUCGCUCGGCAGCCCGGGGAGGACAUCUCCAUGGAGCAAGCUCGCGAGGCCACCUUCUUCCGCUAUAAGCAGCUCCUGAAGCACGACUUGCUCCCCGAGGAGGAAAUGAUGCAGAACCCCCUGAAGUCCACCGUGCUCACCGACUGCCUGAACAUGUACGACUCGGCUACGGGGUCCAAGUUCUUCCUCAGUCAACAGAUGUUUGGCGGGACAGUAGCCAGGAGCGGGUGCAGCAGACAUGAGAAGUUUGUAGAGGAUGUGAACAACAUGACCACCUUUGGGUGCUUCGCUCUGACAGAGCUGAGCCAUGGCACUAAUACCAGAGGAAUGAGGACGACGGCCACCUAUGACCCCAGCACUCAGGAGUUUGUAAUAAACUCCCCGGACUUUGAGGCUGCUAAAUUCUGGGUGGGGAACCUGGGCAAGACCGCUACCCACGCCGUGGUGUUCGCACAGCUCUUCACCCCCGAUGGCCGCUGCCACGGACUACAUUCCUUCGUAGUGCAGGUUAGGGAUCCUAAGUCCCUCCUUGCUAUGCCAGGAGUGAUGGUUGGUGACAUAGGCAAGAAGAUCGGAUUGAAUGGCAUAGACAAUGGGUUCGCGCUGUUCCACAACGUCCGCAUCCCGCGGGAGAAUCUGCUCAACAGGACUGGUGAUGUCACACGCGAAGGACAGUACGUCACUCCCUAUAAGGACCCAAAAAAACGCUUUGGGGCUUCGCUGGGCGCCCUGUCGGGAGGCCGGGUGGGCAUCGUUGGAAUGUCCGUGGCCAACCUGAAGAUGGCAAUGACUGUGGCCGUCCGCUUCUCCGCCUCCCGCCGCCAGUUUGGCCCCACCAAGGAUGAGGAGGUGCCAGUCCUGGAGUACCAGCUACAGCAAUGGAGAUUGAUUCCCUAUUUGGCUGCUAUGUAUGCCAUUUCCACAUUCCACAAGUCUUUCUUCAUGAACUUCAUAGAGUUCCAAAUUGGACUCAUCUUGAAGGACAAGAGUGAGAGACAGGAGGAGCUGGGCCGGGAGAUCCACGCCAUCUCCUGCGCCAUCAAGCCCCUGGCCUCCUGGACGGCUCAGCGGGCGAUCCAGGAGAGCAGGGAGGCCUGCGGGGGACACGGGUACCUGGCCAUGAGCCGGCUCGGGGACCUCCGAGACGACAACGACCCGAACUGCACCUACGAGGGUGACAACAACGUCCUUCUGCAGCAGACCAGCAACUACCUGCUCAGCUUCCUCAGAGCCAAGCAGCAAGAUGAAGGUAGAUUUGAGUCUCCUCUGGGCUCUGUGAACUUCCUGGAGGACUCGAACAGCAUCCUGGAGCAAAGGUUCACUGCCACCUCAGUGGAGGACUGCCUGGACUCUGCAGUCUCGCUGGCGGCCUACAAGUGGUUGGUGUGCUUCCUGCUGAGAGAGAGCGCUCAGAAAGUGGCUCAGGAGAAGCUGUCUGGAAAAGCAGACUUUGAGGCGAGGAACGACAGCCAGGUGUACUACUGCCGGUCGCUGGCCAUCGCGUUCAUCGAGCACGCCGUCCUGCAGCGCUUCCACGACCUCGUCCACGCCGAGGACACGCCCCUCUCGCUGCGGCCGGCGCUGCGGCGGCUCGCCGCUCUCUACGGGCUGUGGGCGCUUAGUAACCACAUGGCCGUGCUCUACCAAGGUGGAUACUUCUGUGGGAAGGAGCCGGUUGAUUUCGUCCAGAACGCUAUCGUCGGACUCUGCUCUCAGCUGAAAGACGACGCCGUUUCCCUGGUGGACGCAGUCGCUCCUCCGGACUUCAUUCUGAAUUCGGCCCUCGGAAAAGCGGACGGUCAGCUUUAUAAGAACAUGUGGUCCACGAUGCUGCAGCAGAGCAAAGUGCUGGAGCGCCCGUCCUGGUGGGCCCAGUUCUGCUUCGACAAGCCCGAAGUGGGCUCCCUCCGGGCCAAACUGUAGCCCCCGUCCCGGCGGCCCAGGGGACACAAGAACCGGCUACGAAACAGGGAUGACCUUCAGCGAUAACAGCGCCCGUCUGGGGGAAAUUAAACUCUACCGCACCCUAA